AUGUGGAAGACGUGGCGUGACUAUAACGUAAUGAACGCCGAGCGGUUCGAGGGCGAUUACGACUUUGUGGUUGUGCACGAUCCGCAGCCUGCCGGUAUCCUUCGCUUGCUCCGAGAGAACGGGCGUAGCAACGGGGGCACGCGCUGGAUAUGGCGCUGCCACAUCGAUUCCACGGAUGCCCAGCCCGAGGCUUGGGAGUACAUAACGCCGUACCUGGAGCACUACGACGCCGCUAUCUUCACUCUUGAGCAGUUUGUCAACAAGGACAUAAGGAACUCGGAGAUAUGGGUGGCUCCUCCCGCUAUCGAUCCUCUGAGCCCAAGAACACGCCCAUUUCCCGGGAGACCGUGGAUGAAGUGCUGCGUCGCUUCGACAUAG